CAUAGUGAAAAUACUAUUUAUUUAUUGGCGAUAAAAAGCCCGCAGUUUUUUUGCGGAACUCCAAAGCAAUUGGCUCAGUGUUCAGUCGGUGUUAGUAGCUGAUAAAAGGCGGUUUAAUUGCCUCACUGAUUGGAUUAGUUCGCAAUAUGGAUUGUAGAAUUAUACUUUGUUUCGCUGUUAUAUUCAGCAGUCAUAUACUAUCCUAUCGAAUAGAUAAAGAAGAUUUACCAAACGAUAGCCUAUAUGACGACGAUGAUUACGAUUAUUCAUACGACGACGUGGAAUCACGUAAAGAUACUGAAGAUUCUAUUAAAGAUAAUAAAAAUACCACAACUCCAAAACCAGCAACAUACGAAGUGACAGAAAACGUAGACGAUAUACCAAAUCCUAGUACAAAAUUUGGUACAAUUUUUACCAACUAUUCUACACCUAGACCUUUAAACAAUGCAAGUUUCCCGACCGUUCAAAAACCCACAGAUAAACCAGAAACUAAUUCUGAAAGUAAUAACGAAUUGAAUAAUAAUUCCAAUGAAGAUGUCAAAGGGAAGAAGAACUCUUUCAGCAUACUACACGUGCAAGGAGAAUACGAUGAUGUGCCAAAUGGGCCUUCGAAUUGGGGAGAACAUCAUAUGCAUAAUAAAUUAGGUAUAAAAGACUAUAUUUAUGGUAUAUCAAAAGGUAUUUAUAAUAAAAUAUCAAGGCUAUUUAAUAAACACGAUUGCGAUGAUAAACACGUAUUUCGAACAGAUAAUUUUGACGAAUCACAUUUUCGUAGUGAAAAUUCUAAGACAGAAAAUAGAUUUGUACACGAUGAUACUUAUUUACUUAGUGAUUAUGAAUAA